CCCAGACAGACGUCCUUCUGACUUACGCAACACGCAUGCGUCAUAGGCCGAAGGUUAGAGGUCAAAAGCCAACUUUUCAAAAUGGCAGCUGGUAAAGGUGAGACAAAGUGGACCCUGAAGGAACUGAAGGACCGUCUGGAUGGGAAUGAGCUGGACCUGAGUCUGUCCAACAUCACCAAGGUUCCUGUUCAACUGCUGUCCAGUCUCCCCAAGGCCACAGUGUUAGACCUGUCCUGUAACCUCCUGGUCAACCUACAGGACACCUUCUGUACCCAGCUGACCCAUGUGGUCAAGCUGGACCUCAGUAAGAACCAGUUGGAGGAACUUCCCGCCGACUUUGGCCGACUGACCAGGCUGAGACAUCUGGACCUCUUCCAGAACAAACUCAAGACCGUGCCGGUCAGCUUCUGGCAACUGACCAGUCUGCAGUGGCUGGACCUGAAGGAUAACCCUCUGGACUCGGCCCUGGUUCCAGUAGUGGGGGACUGUCUGGAUGAGAGACAAUGUAGAAACUGUGCCAAAGGGGUGGUGAGUUACAUGAGAGCUGUGAACUCAGAGUUGGAAAGAAAGAGACAAGAACAGCUCCAGCAGCAGCGAAAGCUUGAGGAGGCGAGGCGUCUGCAGGAGGAGCAGGAACAGGAGCUGCGCAGGAGGAAGAAGAAGGAGGAGAAGGAGAGGAGGAAACAGGAGUACGCAGCACGGCAGGCCAGCAAGAAGCAGCAGCAGGAGGGAGGGGGGCAAGAGGAGGGCGCUGACACUGAGGAAAAGGCAAAUGGGGUUACCUCAUCAGUUACUCCAGAAAAACACAGAACUACAGGGUCGUACUGUUACAAGCUUCCCCUCAUCAUCAUCCUGUUGUCAGUCAUUGCUGUUGCCGUGGCAACCUACUUCUACUGCGAGAGUGAGCCGACCAAUCAACUCUGUCGUGACCUUCGAACCCGGGCCCAGCAGGUGGAGGGGGUCGUGAGGGGGUGGGUCGCUGUUGCCAAACAAGUGGCCGCCGGGCAGAAGGAGUAGAGGAUAACCCGUGUUGUUUGGCAUGAUGUGCUUUUCUCAGCAUGUCGGCAGGACGUACUGCACCUGCACAAAACCAGUAAUGUACUGUGCAUAGCACUUUGGUAGAACGUCUCAUAUCAGGUCGUAUUGAUGUGUGUAAGAUCAACAUCCUGUCUGUAGUUUCCAAAUGUUAUGUUGGAAAAGAUAUCUUCUGCAACAGGCAAAAUUCUGAUGCAACGUUGACGCGCAGGCGCAGUACGUUCUGCCGACGUGCUGCUUUUCUCUGUCUCAAAUUUUAAUGGAGUAUGUAAAUGUACACUGGCAAUGGCCACUCUUUUAUUGAUAAUUUGCUAAAAUACUUCCUUAGGUUCCUUCCUUGCUACAGUUUUUUUUUUUUUAGAAAUGAAGGGUUAAACUAAAACUCAACGUUCAGAAAAUGUUUAGAUGGCAUUUGCCAUAUUUUUUCAACCCUGGAAGGAUUUUUCCAUUUCAAUUUUUUUCUUCUACUACAGACAUAUCCAGUCCAGUGUAAAAUCUAUAAUGUUGCAAGGAGGUAUCAUAGAUAGCCUCCUCAGAUUGCCAAGUGAAACAAUAUUCCUGCAGAAAUCUCCACCUUCUCUAAGUAAGUUGUGCAAUGUUUUGUAAGUGUAAAUAUAACGUUUGAUCCCAAAAUUACUCAGCAACGAAGUGAGCCAUAGAAUUCUUGGGUAGGUACAUACUGCAUGUAUCAUAAAUGAGGCAAUCCUUGCCAAGAUCUAAGGAACGAACUUGGAGUGUCUAGAUAAAACAGUUAGAAUGUGAUGAGCCGUAAUGUCAUUUAAAUAGGUAAAGACAGCUUGUGCAUACUACAAGGCUACAAGCCAUGACUGGCUGUUAGAAGAAGUGAUGUCUCUAUGAAGUUUGUAGCUUAUUGGAUGAAGUUGUGAUGAAGUGUAUGGUACAUGCAGACAUGCGUCUCUAGAUUUAGUGUGUAGUGGACAAAGUUGUAUUUUUGUGGCAAUCAAUUAGACUACAUGUAUGAUCCUUUCAAAGGUUAUCCUUUGUUAUAAAAGUUAAGGUCUUGUUACUCACAAAUUUGUGGCACUGUUUGUUAAGAAGACGACUUGCAGACUGAAGAUUACAUUUAGAACUCAGUGAAUGUACAAUGCCCUACUGUGUAUGAUGUACUAUUUGGGCUUGUCACUACCUAUCCUGCUUCAUGCACUCUUCGAUUUGUAUGUGGAAUGACACCAGUAGAUGAGGGACGUAUGAAAAUAUGACAGCAAGUUCUUAUUGCGAAGUUAUCUUGUGAUUUUUAGCCUUGUACUUAGUUAACAAAACAUUGAGUUGAAAAGUGUAAUGUUGAAGUUGUAUGAUGGACAAGUAUGAUCUUUCUUAAUGUUGUUGCUACAUGUGAAAAUCGUUCCCACCUUUAUUAUUGUUUGGAAAACAAGAUCUGUUUUUCCUCA